CGCCUCCUCUCUUGUCUUUACUAUAUUUUCUCGUGUUCAGAGAAACGAAGAGGUAAUAAUGGCAAGAACCAAGCAGACUGCUCGUAAGUCUACCGGUGGCAAAGCCCCGAGGAAGCAGCUGGCCACCAAGGCUGCCCGUAAGAGCGCCCCGGCCACCGGCGGUGUGAAGAAGCCUCACCGUUACAGGCCCGGUACCGUGGCUCUGAGGGAGAUCCGUCGCUACCAGAAGUCUACGGAGCUGCUGAUCCGCAAGCUGCCCUUCCAGCGCCUGGUCAGAGAGAUCGCUCAGGAUUUCAAGACCGACUUGCGCUUCCAGAGCUCCGCUGUUAUGGCUCUGCAGGAGGCCAGCGAGGCUUACCUGGUCGGUCUGUUUGAGGACACCAACCUGUGCCGUAUAGUAAGAAUGAGUGGAAGAGGCAAAGGAGGAAAAGGACUCGGAAAAGGAGGCGCUAAGCGUCACCGUAAAGUCCUCCGUGAUAACAUCCAGGGAAUCACCAAGCCCGCUAUCCGCCGUCUGGCCCGCCGUGGUGGAGUAAAGCGUAUCUCUGGUCUGAUCUACGAGGAGACCCGCGGUGUGCUGAAGGUUUUCCUGGAGAACGUGAUCCGUGAUGCCGUCACUUACACUGAGCACGCCAAGAGAAAGACCGUGACUGCCAUGGAUGUGGUGUAUGCUCUGAAGAGGCAGGGCCGCACUCUGUACGGCUUCGGCGGCUAAACAUACCAACAACUUCUCAUC